GAGCGGUGUUUACUGGCAGGUCACGUGACUGCUUGCUGCCAGCGAGGAUUGAACCUAAGGGGCUGCUACAGCUCUGUAGUGCUGUUUUGCGCUUCGCUGUGUCAUAUGCAGCUAUUAUUCGGCCCAGGGAUUCGGUACGGUUUCAGCUUUUCGUUUCGUUUCACAUGUUUUCAGCGACGAAGGAAUGAAGAGUCUUCUCAAUUAACGAUAUUGACAUGAAGAAGGACAUAGAGGUGCUGAUAGCAGAGGAACGUGCUGAGAUCAUCUCUAAGUAUAAUAAGGGUCGAGAGGCAGAUGUUCAAAUCGAUCCUUGGGAAGAUGCAGAUUAUAGCAUAUAUCGAGUAACAGAUCGCUUUGGAUUUCUUCAUGAAGAGGAACUGCCCACACCAAGUGCACUUGAAGAGAAGCAAAAGCAGGUGGAGAUUGAGAGGGUACAGAAAUGGCUGAAGAUGUUGAAAAACUGGAACAAGUACAGAAACAGUGAACGGAUGUUUAAAAGGGUGUAUAAAGGCAUUCCACUACAGCUGAGAGGGCAGGCCUGGGCCCUUCUCCUGGAUGUUGAGAAAGUGAAGAACGACAAUGUAGGAAAAUAUGAGAAAAUGAAGACGCAAGCCCAGUUGUACUCCACAGAAAUCAAACAGAUUGACCUGGACAUCAACAGGACCUUUCGAAACCACAUUAUGUUUAUGGAUAGAUUCGGUGUAAAGCAGCAAUCUUUAUUCCAUGUGCUUUCUGCAUACUCUGUUUACAACACGGAAGUGAGUUACUGCCAGGGCAUGAGUCAGAUUGCUGCCAUUCUAUUAAUGUUCAUGAACGAAGAAGAUGCAUUCUGGGCUCUGUCGCAGCUGUUAACCAAUCAGAAACAUGCUAUGCAUGGAUUCUACAUUCCUGGAUUUCCCAAACUUCAGCGGUUCCAGAACCACCAUGACCAGAUUCUCUCCAAACUUUUACCCAAACUCAAGAAGCAUUUGGAUAAGGAGCAGAUGUCUAGUGGAAUUUACAGCACUAAAUGGUUUCUCCAGUGUUUCAUUGACAGAACGCCAUUUACUUUGACCUUACGUCUAUGGGACGUCUUCAUCCUUGAGGGUGAGAAAGUUCUGACAGCCAUGGCUUACACCAUCCUUCAACUUCACAAAAAAAGUUUACUUAAGAUGUCUCUGGAAGACCUGAGAGAGUUCCUGCAGGAGAAGAUAGGAGAGUCCAUCUACCUCAAUGAUGACUUUGUCAUAGAUCAUCUUAAGGUUUCCAUGUCUGAACUUCGCAAAAUGAAGUUAGACCUCCCACCACCAGCUAAGCCUGAUGAGUUUCCACGGAUGCCACUUGGCCUGGAGCUGCCUGUAGUUCUGACUCCAUUAAAACACCCAAAACCCAGCCUUUCAGAAGAUACGCCCAACAAAGCCCAACUCGCCAAACGGCCUCCAACCUCUCUGCACAUCUCUAUGCAGCAGGAGUGCAUAAUACUGGAUGACAGCCCUCCACAGGACAAAAAAACCUUCAAAGAUGGAGGUACAGGCAGUAUGUCACCCCUCCCCUCACCUGACCCUGUCGUAGUGCACAGGCCGAUUCCCCUCACUCCUGACGGAAUGAUAGGAGCUCCCGAGGACGGUGGUGAAUGGCCUCCUCCAUAUGAACCUCCUAAAAAUACUGUCCCAGAACUCAGUAAGGUGCAGCCUGAGAUGUGUCACCCUACUCCACCUCUAAAUUUAGAUGAUGUUUUGCUAUCUGAUAUGCCGCCAAGAGCAGAGCCGUCACAAACUUCUCUGUACUUUGAACAGGACAGUUCAGAGACAACAGAAGGGUGUGUGGUGGGUCUUUUACCCUCCAAUACAUUUCAAAAUGCUCAUCUAUUGCAUCAAUCUUACAGUAUUUCCGAUAUUAAACAUCUACAUGAGGGACAGAAUAGAGAUAAUGAAAGUCAGUCCUCUGACACAUUGCCAGAGAAAUUUUCAGUUUUGCCCAAGACAUCCUCAGCACCCUGUGGUCAGUCCCAAUUACCUUCCAGGGGAAUUCCCACAGUUCACUCUGACCCUCUGUUUCAACACACACCUCAUACCGCUCAACAUCUGCCUAAAUCUGAGACUUUUUAAAAUGCAAGCCAUCUUGUCCUUUAGUGCUUUGCUAGUGUUUCGUUGGAACGCGUAAAGUUUUGUGAAGCAAAUAAUGUAGUAUUUAACCUUUCAGCAGGAUAAGUUUUCUCUUGUAGGUUGCACUCAAAACAACACAGCAGGUCAUUGAAUUUUAUUUCAAGUGUAAAAGCCUUAUGUAAUUCUAACACUAUUGUAUAUGCGCCUCUAAAACUUUGACACACUGCCAAGAGAAACUUGAUAACAAAAGUGAGCUGGCUCGCUGAAAACUUAACUUAUGAACAUAAUUAUAGCCCAAAACAUGCAUGUGGGUUUGUACAGAACAUCCAUUGAUUAAAGAAAUGAAUCACAUUCAGCAAUAUGACACAUUUUCACUAGAGCAUGUUGUAUUGUAGCAACAUGCAAAAUCAUCUAUAAGAUAUUAAACUACGGCUUUAUAGUAGAAAGUAUCCAUGUUAAAUAGCACAGCAGCCUACCCUUUCCAGUACAUAGUUGCAUAUUUGUAGUCUGUGGUCAUUUUAAUUGCUAUUUACAGAUGGGCUCAGUCUGUGAUUUAUUCUGGUAGAAAAUACCACUAAUGCUAAACGGUAUAAUGGAAUGUGCAUUACAUGCACAUAAAGCCUCAAAUUUAUUAAAGACAGCUACAGUUACUUGUUAUUCAACUUCACAUACAGAAAAGCUGAUGAUGGCAAUAAAAGCAUGGCCUUGACUGAGACUGAAUGAUAUUUUUCUGGUAAUUCCUAAUCACAAUGUUAUGUACAUUUGGCAUUUGUACUUGUGUGAACAUUUUGUACAUUUAGCUUUUUAGAGUAUGUAUUUUAAGGCUCAAAGGAUUUUUGGAUUUGUAACAAAAAUGGCUUAAUAUCAGAUUUCCUCUUUUGUGGGUACAUUUGUGUUUUAAUACCAGGUACCAGGUAAGAGCUUUACAGUUCGGUUUAACUAGAUUAACAGAUUCUUGCUUUUGACAUAUGUACUUUUGUUUUGGCCAUCACUAUGUAUAGGUAGAACAGUGUGAAAACUAUCAUUGAAAUAUUUACUUUUAACUUGUAAUCCUUGGUUAACAAUGGAAACCGUUAUGAGUAUCCAAGUAUUCUAAACCUAAUCAAUGUUAAACAGUGUUUCUGUUUAAAAGCUUGUGUAUUUUAAGGCAUUGAAAUAUUAGGAUGUUUAAUUAAUAUCUUAAUAGGCACUGUAUUGUUAUUAUAUAGAUGGCUUUUUACAUUAUAUACUGUGUCAAAUGAUCUUGCCUCUGUUAAAUGCUCUGGUUAUGUUUUUGAAAUUCAAAAUGUUUUCUGGGUUAGACAUCAAAGUGUUUAUUCCUUAUUAAGGAGUUUUGAGAGCUCCAACCAAAACAAUUUGGUUUUAUUUAAUAUGUAUAUUGUAAAUACAUUUACUUUGUGAUUCGAUGUUUGAGUUCGAUUUGCAGAAAUAUACAUUUUCUAAUCUU